AUGACGCCGGUGGAGCGCGUUGCGAUGACUAGCGUCGACGGAGGCAGCAGCCGCGAGAGGCUAUCCGCGAGGUCGCAGGUCUUGGCCUUGGACGCACAGAGGCUGUCGGUGGCAAACACAAACGCGACGUCGGGCACCGCGCCACAGGCGAGCCCCUUGAACGCCUGCGCCGUCGCCAGCCGCAGCAUCGCGACGACGAUGCUCGCCUUGGCGGCGGCAGAGGCGCCGGCCUUGCGCCGGCGCGGGCCCUCCGAGGAGAGGUCUUCCACCUCGCCGCGCGCCACGGCCAGCGCCUCGCCCGCGGCCCACUCGACCGUCCCCGCCGCCCAGCCGGUGCAGCCGCGGGAAGUGCGGAGCCUGGCGAGACGACUGGUUGGCUCGACGGACCUUCUUGGACAGGUUUUCCGGUGGGAGGGGGAGGACUACCUCGUCAACGACAUUGCACCGGGACCGACACAGUCGGGGGAGCAGGCGCUGAAGGCGUACGUUUGCCGUGUGAAGAGGCGGGAGAGCGCGGCCGCAGAGACUUCGACGCUUGUGCUUGAGGACCCCGACCUGCUCUGCACAAUCCUCGCGCAGCUCCCGGACGCGCACGCACUCGUUGCGGCGGCAGCGGUCGCACGGCUGUGGCGCGUUCAGGGCCGCGACGACCGCGUGUGGCGCGCGCUCUACCGCAAGGUCUGGGGUCCGCGGGUGGGGUCGGCGGAGCCGCCGCUGCGCGACGUCCGCGUGGGCUGUUUUGUCGAGCUCUCCGGGCUGACUGCGAGGCCAGACCUGAACGGUCGGGUGGCGCAGGUGUUGGACAAUGAGGCGGACGGGACGUGGAGAGUCAAACCCGUGAAUCUCGUCGCGUGGGAACGGUACCUUCGAGAUCAGAUCGAGGUCAUGACCCGCGCUUAUUCCCUCCCUCCCCUGUUUGGAGAGACCCUCAGCGCAGAAGACUACGCCGCCUCAACUCUUGACGAGGAAGCGCUCCACGUGCAGCCGCAGAAUUUGCACGGACAGUGGCGGCUUCGCUUCCGACGCCGCCACACUGGCUUCGAGUUUGUAAACCUGCUGGGCGGAUCGGGGCAGGUGCAGGUCGACGAACACGGCUUCUCGACGGCCGUCGGCCUACAGACUUUGACGUACAGACACCAUGGUCUCGUGCUGCGCGGCCGCCGCCCGCUCCAGUGUAUCGAGGACGAGCUCGCGUACUUUGAGGUCUCCACGAGCGCCUCUUCGGUCGGCGUCACGGUCGGCUCGGCGUACGAUGGACAGCGUGCACUGCACAUCGGCUGGCGGAGCACGGCGUACGGCUACCACAGCGAUGACGGCGCGAAGUGGCGCCACGACGCGGUCGCGGGCCCUCGCACGAACGGCGCGAUCAUGAACGGCGUCACCUUCGGCGAGCCCUUCGGGGGCCACCGCGGCUCAGCGGUCGACACGGUGGGCUGCGGGCUCGACCUACGCCGCCGCUCCGUCUUCUUCACAAAAAAUGGCAAGCUGCAGGGCACUGCCUUUGAGAACUGCUGCCUGUCCCGACUUUGCCCCCGACUUUACCCGACGGUGGCGCUGCACGAGGACGGUGACCGCUGCCGCUUCAACUUCGGAGCAGAGCCCUUCCUCUUCGACAUCGCUGCGUUUGCGGUGAGCGACGCGCGGUCGGCCGGCGUGAUUGGCGGCGGCGAGCUCCCGACGCCGGAGACCGAGGACGACGGCUCGGACGACGACGACUCGGACGACGACGACUCGGACGACUCCGACGACGAGUAG